CAUUAAGAGAACAAAGAAAGCAGUGUUUUGGUGGAACAGAAUCUUGACCAGGUGUUCUGCAUCUUGUUUAGACAGUCACUUCAGGAAUAGUCUAUUCACCUUAUACUGAUAUCAGAGCUGAAAAUGUGUUGCUGGAAAAGCGCAGCAGGUCAGGCAGCAUCCAGGGAACAGGAGAAUCGACGUUUCGGGCAUAAGCCCUUCUUCAGGAAUCGGAGCCUAAAGGGCAGGAGUAGAAGAACUUGGAACAGCAUAGACUAGCAGUGGCAGAUUGGAUGCCACCAAGACCCCGAAUUCAGAUAGUACAGGGUAGCUGCUUGUCUGGGGUGAUGUUGGAGAGUUGUACCAGUUUCAUUCAGCUGAUUCCUGCAAUGAAAGGAUUUGUCAUUUGAGGAAUGUUUGAGUAGGUUGGGCCCAUACUGAUUUGCGCUUAGAAGAGUGAGGGAUGUCUUAUAGAAGGCCCAUGACUUUCAGUUGCAUGAUCAACUAAGUGACUGAUGCUCUCAGACUCUGGCAUAAUUACAGUCCAACAUUGGUUCUCUGUAUACAGUACUAUCCCUGAGUUAUCCCCCUCCUACACUGGGAUUCCUUUGCAAGUUGCAGGCUUCGAUUCCACUUUCUUACAGAAGGCUCAUUGCCCGGCUAUAGGUGGCAGGAUGGAAGGGGAGGUGACUUUAGAUUCGGUCUAUCAAGCUGUCCAAGCUUUGUACCAUCAUCCAGAGCCACAGGGCAAAGAGAGGGCCUCAGCCUGGCUGGAUGAAUUCCAGAAAUCGAUGUUUUCGUGGCAGAUCUCUGACCAGCUGCUGCGGCUCCAGCGUGACAUCGAGUCAUGCUAUUUUGCUGCCCAAACGAUGAAGAUGAAGAUUCAGUACUCAUUUUAUGAGCUACCCCCGGAGAUGCACUCCUCACUCCGCGACUCUCUGCUCACGCACCUGGAGUGCCUGAAGGACCUGUCCCAGGCCAUCGUCACACAGCUAGCUCUUGCUGUUGCAGACCUUGCCAUACAGAUGACAUCAUGGAAAAGCUGUGUCCAGACGCUAAUUGAGAAAUAUGGCAAUGACGAGUCUGCACUCCCGUUCCUGCUGGAGAUUCUGACAGUGCUCCCAGAGGAAGUGCACAGCCGCUCACUACGAAUUGGCACCAACCGAAGGACUGAGGUCAUCGAGGACUUGGCCUACAAUGCCAGCAUGGUGAUUGGCUUAUUGACAGCCUACAUGGAGCGCUGUAGUCACGAUGAGAAGUUGGUGAUUAAAGUCUUCCGAUGCUUGAUGAGCUGGAUUAACCUGGGCAUCCUGCACACAGAUCACAUCGCUAACAGCCAGUUACUGGUGGCACUCUUCCAAGUCCUUAGGCACAACCAGACAUCCUCAAACCUGCACGAGGUGGCGAGUGACUGUGUGUGCGCAGCACUUUAUGCAGUCGAGGGCUUGCAGGAGAGUCUACGGCUGGCACUACAGCUGCAGGAAGGGGUGACAGCACUGGAGGAAGCCUACCAUACUGCAGUCGCCUGUGAGGACAUGGACAAGGCACUGAACUAUUGCAGAAUUUUCACUGAACUGGCAGAAACACUGUUGGAGAUGGUUAUCCGUUCACCAGGACAGGGAUUGGGUGAUCUCAAAACGCUCAAUCUCAUCUUAAACUGUGUUGGACAUGAGCAGUAUGAGGUGGCGGAAAUCACAUUCAAUUUCUGGUAUCGGCUAGCCGAAACUCUGCACAGGAUGAAGGACCCCUCAGUAAACCAGAUCUUCCGGCCGUAUUUCCAGAGACUUACUCAGUCGCUCACCUUCCACUCCCAGAUGGAUCCUGAUCACGAGGGAGUUCUGGAUGAGACGGAUGAUUUUUACGAGUUCAGACUCCGGGUCUCUGAUCUUCUGAAAGAUAUUAUAUUCCUCAUUGGAGCUUCAGAGUUCUUCUCGCGGUUGUAUUCAACACUGAAAGAUGGCAGCCCAGCCUGGGAGGAGACGGAAGCUGUGCUUUUCAUCAUGACAGCGUUGGUGAAAAACCUAAACCCGGAAAAGGAACAAAGGCUGGGAGAUGUUGUUCAGGCAGUAAUCAGCCUCCCUGACAAUACUCAUUUAGCAGUACAACAUUCUGGAGUCCAGCUGUUGGGUGAGAUGGGUGAAUACAUCAACAAUGUGCGAUGUCUAGAACUGGUGCUUAAUUUCCUAACGCAACGUUUGAAACAGAAGGAGUUAGCGAAUGCAGCUGCCAAUUCAAUCCAGAAUAUCUGCGCCAUGUGCAGCGACGCGAUGACUCGACACAUGGAAGGCCUGCUGCAGGUCGCCUCAUCCCUGGAUGCCCUCCCCAUCUCUUACGACUCCUCCAUCGGGCUUCUGCGAGGUGCCUCCUUGGUGUUAUCUCGGAUGCCAUCAGACAAAAUCGAAGAGACCUUCCAGCGCCUUUGUUCCAUGCAAGUCACUGCUCUAAAAAAACUGCUGACAUCUGAGCAGAUCAACGGCUUCUCAGCAGACCCAGCUGUAUGGUUGGACAGACUGGCAGCAAUAUUCAGGCAUACCAACGCAACAGUGGGUGAAGGGAGGCCACACCCCUGCCAGAAAGUCAUUCAGGAGAUAUGGCCAGUGAUUUCUGAAACGCUGUACAGGCACCAGGCGGACAAUAGGAUGGCGGAGCGUUGCUGUCGGUGCCUGCGUUUUGCAAUCAGAUGCGUGGGUAAAGGAUCCGCUAUGUUAAUUCAGCCCUUGGUGUCUCAGAUGGUGAGUGUGUACCAGUGCCAUCAACACUCCUGUUUCCUGUAUCUUGGCAGUAUUCUGGUGGAUGAGUAUGGCAGUGAGGAGAGCUGCACGCAGGGCCUGCUCGAAAUGAUGCAGGCAUUUUGUGGACCAACAUUUCGGCUGCUCGAACAACCUCGAGGUUUCCAGAAUCAUCCUGACACUGUGGAUGACCUUUUUCGCUUGGCAACGAGAUUCAUUCAGCGAAGUCCAGUUGUUUUGAUCCAAAGCCCAGUGAUGUCCUUAAUCAUUCGAUGUGCAUUGACAGCAACAACGCUGAACCACCGAGAUGCCAACUCCAGUGUGAUGAAAUUCCUGCAGGAUCUGGUUCAUGUGGCAACAAUCAAUAAGCACAAAGAAGAUUUUGAGCUCCGGAAGAACUUGGUCCAUAGAUUUCUCGGGGAGAGCGGAGCACUGCUUGUUGCGCAGCUUGUACAGGCGUGCUGCUUCUACCUUGUACCAAGCAUGCUUGGUAACGUGGCUGACGUCAUGUGGGAACUCCGCAUUUUUGACCGGAAGACAUUCUGUGGGUGGCUGGAAGACGCUCUCAAAGCCCUCCCAAAGGAGCUUUCGGCUGGGGCUAUUACAGCGACAGAGAAACAGAUGACGGAAUUCCAUAAACAGGUCAUGUGCGCUGAAGAUGCUACAAUGAUAGGUUGGUCCCUGAUGGAAUUCUCUGGGUUCUACAGGUAACACCAUCAAGUCACCAAGGAAGUAUGAUUUGUACAAAGUCCUUCCUCUGGACCCAGCGCCACCAUUAAAAGUGAGGAAUAAAUUAGUCAGAACUCAUUAAACUGGAGAGAAAGCAACAACAACUGAAUUCCACAAGGGGUUAUCCAGCUGGUUGCGGGUGGGUGGGGAAACGGGACAAAUCUUAUCCAGCUAUUUAAAGGGGUAUUUUGUUAAGAUUAUACUCAUGUAAUUGGGGCGGUACGGUGGCUCAGUGGUUAGCACUGUUGCCUUACAGCACCAGGGUCCCAGGUUCGGUUCCAGCUUCGG